AUGGCGCGCGAUCCGUACGAUGCGUUUGUGCAGGAUAUUCAGAGCUCGUUUAGUGCUGCGCGCUCGCUGAGUGACGUCUUCCAGCGCGACGGGAGCACGCGUGCGGAGCUUGCGUCGACGCUCACGACGCUGCGGCAGGAUAUCGCCGAGGUGCGGCAGACGGUGCGCGUCGUCGAGCAGAGCGGCCCUGCCCGCUUCGGCCUUGCGCCCUCGGAGCUAGAGCGGCGCAAGGCGUUUGUUGCGACGAGUGAGCGUGAACUGGCACGUCUGGAGCGCGUAUUUGAUCGUCCGGCAGCGUAUAAAGACGAUGCGAGCGAGCCUGCGACGUCGCUCGCAUGGGAACAAGAGCAGCAGCAGCUUCUUCUCUCGAACCAGGACCAGGCGCUGAACCAGAUCGGCACGUCGCUGCACACGCUGCGCUCGCAGGCGCAGCUGAUUGGAACCGAGGCGGACGAGCACGCGGUCAUGCUGCAAGAUCUCGACGCGAAUGUCGACCAUGCCCAAAACCGCCUGCAGGCGGCCGUCCACCGGAUGGACAAGUUUGUCACGCGCACCGAUGCGCGGCUGGGUGGCUGGUGCGUGUGGAUCCUGAUUGCGGUCCUCUUCCUCCUCCUCCUCUUUGUCUUUUUACUGUAA